CUUUUUCAUACAUACAUACAUGAACGCAUUGGAAGCAGUCGCAAUGAAAAUGAUAGAGAAAACAAAGAAUUUUUUUUCUGAAUAUACAACACCACAAAAAUUAGUGGUAAAAUCCAGCAAAAUCGGAGUGCUUUAUCGUUUAUAUCAGUUAACAGCGAUACCAUAUGCUCUUUGGUAUGUGGCUUUGAUUGGAGGCCACCAGGAGACUGAUACCAUCCUAAGCUCUGUGACAACUAAAGUGAAAGGCAUCGCUCUAACAAACACUACCGAGCUUGGUGAACAGAUCUGGGAUGUGGCUGACUACAUCAUUCCAGCUCAGGAGGACGGCUCAUUCUUUCUGAUGACCAACAUGAUCAUCACACCAAACCAAACACAGUCAAAAUGUGCAGAGUAUCCAACCCCAAAAUCCAUUUGCACAUCUGACAUGAACUGCACCAAAGGCUUUAAAGAUCUUCAAGGGAAUGGUGUUCAGACAGGCAGAUGUGUCCAUUACUCUAAGUCUGUGAAGACUUGUGAAGUGUUGGGCUGGUGUCCUGUGGAAAAGAAAGUUGAACCUCCAAAUCCAGCACUCCUGGCAGAUGCUGAAAACUUCACAGUAUUCAUAAAGAACAAUAUUCAAUUCACCAAAUUUAACUUCAGCAAAACUAAUAUCCUACCAAAGAUGACCAGGUCCUACUUGGCAAAUUGUGCGUUGAAAAGAAAUAUGGACCCUGACUGCCCAAUUUUCAGAAUCAAAUAUAUUUUUGAAGAAGCACGAGAGGAUUUUCAGACCAUGGCAGUCUAUGGGGGAGUAAUGGCAGUGCAGAUCCAGUGGGAAUGUAACCUUGAUUUGAACUUGUGUGCUCCCCAGUACUCUUUCCGAAGACUAGACAAGAAGGGGCCUAAUAGUAGUGAACCCUCAGUGCACAACUUACGAUUUGCUAAAUACUACAAGAACAGUAAUGACAAAGACACCAGGACCCUCAUCAAGGGAUAUGGCAUUCGUUUUGAUGUUCUGGUUUAUGGUGAGGCAAAGAAAUUUGAUUUUCUAAAAACAAUUCUCCACAUGGGCGCACUCGUGUCACUUCUAAGACUGGUGGAUUGUUUGUUUGAUUUAUUGGCUUGGCUUUUGGUGAAAGGGUACAAAGAGAACAAAUUUAAAUAUCUCCAUGUAUAUGGGCCUACAUCCAAUGCAGCGCCUACUGAAAUGAAAGAUUCACAUUUUACUUCCCCCAUCACUACCUAUAGAUCUAUCAGUUGAUUCCAGGCUUUCAUUUAUCAAGAAUCAUGGUUAUAAUCUGUAUAAUAACUGUGAUUUUCUAUUGAUGUUUCUGUAAAAAAAUGCAUUGAAACAAAUGUACGUUACCUUUUAUUUUACUCAUUUUCUGUACAUUGUGAUUCAUUUUUAUGUGAUAGUCACAUUUAAUUGUGAAACUCAUGUAUUAUAUAAAUCCAAUGCACAAUAAAAUAAAUUAAAUGGAUGCACCUGUA